GUUGGUGGGGGUGAGUAGGAAGAUGGCAGCCAUAAAACAGGCCACCCCGUCUAAACAGAGCUCCUGCUGUAGUCUAAAGUACUCAAAGGUACUUCCAUAUGCAGAACAAGUCUUUCAAGUUUUAUGCUGUAGGUCCCUUCAGAAUGCCACACAUCUCCCCAAAUGAUAUUGGUUUCUUCAACGUGUGUAAGGAGGCUGCUGGCCAUGCUCCCACAUUUGUGGCUUUAACAAUUGCAUGACACAGACAGAAAUUUCAGCCACUCCCUCACUCUGCCCCUAAACAGUUCUUUCUCACAGCAGCAUGUACUUAUUUUCUUUGAAUCAGGAGUCACUCACAUGUGGCUUCUGUGCUAGUUGGGUGGUAUGAGAAAUUUGUGGUUAUUCUGCUGAAGUGCUGUACUGGCAAGAGAGAGAUAGUAUAGAAAAUGUCUGUUGCUUAGGAGCCUCUGCUAUCACCCCCAUCCCGAGUGUAUAGUGAUAUUCUUUGCUAAUAAGUGGAACAUAAAGCAGUGUUGCAGGAUUAUGUCAGGGAAUAUUCACAAGUGUUCUAAAGGCUCAUGCAACAGAAUGAGAACAAAAGGCAGCAUUUAUGAGGGAAAGUAAAAAUCUGACACAGAGUUGGGACAGGAAGGGUGCUGUCCCAACUGCAGAUGGAGUGGACAGGCAAAAGGACUUCUGGAAGCUGAUGGAUGAUGGUCCAGAAAACAGGAAAGUCAAGCAGUGGCUUAAGCCCAGCGGAUGACAGCGGGGGUAAAAAGAAGAAAAAGAAACAGAAAUGGAAGAAGGAAAAAGGGGAUCAACUCGAUUUGACCCAGGAUCAGUCAGUAAAGAUGAAUUCAUUGCCAGCAGAAAGAAUGCAGGAGAUUCAAAAGGCCAUUGAACUCUUCUCUGUAGGGCAAGGACCUGCCAAAACGAUGGAAGAAGCCACCAAGCGGAGCUAUCAGUUCUGGGACACGCAGCCAGUGCCCAAAUUAGGAGAAGUAGUGAAUACUCAUGGUCCCGUUGAACCGGACAAGGACAAUAUUCGACAGGAGCCCUACACCUUGCCUCAGGGCUUUAUGUGGGAUGCCUUGGACUUGGGGGAUCGAGGUGUGCUCAAAGAGCUGUACACCCUCCUGAAUGAGAACUAUGUGGAAGAUGAUGACAACAUGUUCCGGUUUGAUUAUUCUCCAGAGUUCCUCCUGUGGGCUUUGCGUCCCCCAGGCUGGCUGCCCCAGUGGCACUGCGGUGUGAGGGUCAUCUCGAGCAAGAAGUUGGUUGGCUUCAUCAGUGCUAUUCCAGCCACUGUCCACAUAUAUGAAGCGGAAAAGAAGAUGGUGGAGAUAAACUUUCUCUGUGUGCACAAGAAACUGCGUUCUAAGCGGGUGGCGCCUGUUCUGAUCCGGGAGAUCACUCGACGGGUCCACUUGGAAGGAAUCUUCCAGGCCGUGUAUACUGCUGGCGUAGUGCUGCCAAAACCUGUUGGGACCUGCAGAUACUGGCAUCGGUCUCUGAAUCCACGCAAGUUAAUUGAAGUAAAGUUUUCCCAUCUGAGCAGGAACAUGACUAUGCAGCGCACCAUGAAGCUCUAUCGGCUACCAGAGACUCCAAAGACCCCAGGGCUGCGGCCAAUGGAGCACAAAGACAUCCCUGCUGUACACAAACUCCUGGCGGAAUAUCUGAAGCAGUUCCACUUGACCCCUGUGAUGAAUCCGGAAGAAGUAGAGCACUGGUUUCUGCCCCAGCCCAAUAUCAUUGACACAUUUGUGGUUGAGAACACUGAUGGGGAGAUAACAGACUUCCUGAGUUUCUACACCCUGCCCUCGACCAUCAUGAAUCAUCCCACCCACAAAAGCUUGAAAGCAGCCUACUCCUUCUACAAUGUCCACACCAAGACACCAUUCCUUGACCUCAUGAACGAUGCUCUCAUACUGGCUAAGUUGAAAGGCUUUGAUGUUUUCAAUGCACUGGAUCUCAUGGAGAACAAGACCUUCCUAGAAAAGCUGAAAUUUGGAAUUGGAGAUGGAAACUUGCAGUAUUAUCUCUACAAUUGGAAAUGCCCCAGCAUGGGGCCUGAGAAGGUGGGCCUGGUGUUGCAGUAACCAAUAUUCUUUGGAGAAGUUCAGGAAGCACCACUGAAGAGUUGAGCCAGAGUGAAACUGCCGGUCCUCGUGGUUCAGAUUUCCAUGGAAGUGAGAUCCUUCUCCAGAGGAGGGGCCGGCACCUCCUCAACUGGCCAUGUGAACCUUCCACUGACACUUCUGAUGAUUGUAUCGUGUGCCACUAAGUGCGCCAGUGUGUCAGUGUCAGCACUUGGGCCUCUUACUCUCCUUCCUGCCCCCACUUCUGAUUAAUCGCAUCCAAGUACAAACAUGAUCAAGGGAAUGUAACUGCUGAAAACUAGCUCACAAUUGGCAUAUAUUGGAGUUAACGGGUGAAGAACAAUAAAAAAACCUAUAUUUUAACAAUGUUUGCUGUUCACCUGAACCACAUACUGGGACUGGAACCAUGGCACAACUUAGCUUUUUGUCUUGGAAGUACUGUUUGGGGAAGGGGGAUUACAAAUGCCCCAAAGAGCUUGAUCUUUUGCAGAGGGGAUGGGACAGUUGGUGGUAAGUGUGGUGUGGCAUAGUCCUUUACCCAGCCAUAUCGGUGCUUCUUUGUGCCCCGAAAUCACACCUGAGUUCACAGUGUAUUUUCUGAGAUCUGGUUGGCUGGGGCUGGCAAGUCAUGUCUUUCCAAGGGCUAUUUUAGUGAUUGCAGGGCUACAAUACCAAGCCCUUGUUUAACAGUGGAGUGAUGUAUUCAGCCAUCCAGUCUGUGGGCUAGUCAGUCUAUAGCUGCAACACUUAAUCACCAAAUGCUCACAGCCUGUGCCUUUCGGCUCUUAGAAUUCAUAUUGGCCACUCAUCCCUCUAUAGAAGCAGUUCUUUCAAGUUUACUCCCAAGAGAUGGGAGAACUAUCUACUUGUGUGAUUCUUGUGGUAUCAAUAUUUUGAAUUACAGCUCCACCUGAUCUCCAUUUGCAGGGGUUUCUAAGUAGACUAAUGCAACAACCAUUCUUCCCAGCUUCCUUGAGCUGCAGUUGCUGCCUUCUGGUUAGCUUGCAUUGUCUAGCCUUGAAAAGAACUUUGGGUCGCCUUCCUUUUGAUGCGAGGCUGCUGAGGAGGAGGAGAAUGUGAUGAGAAACUUUGCUGGGAAUGGGGUCAUUGACCAUCUGCAUGAACUCAUAAGAGAAGACUCCAGGCAAGCUAGAAUGAAAACGGCUAUCUAUAAUUGACCUUCACUAAUGGUUCUCUCUUAUGGAAAAUUAAACUUGUCAUAUUGUUGGGA